CUCUCAACCUCGAAAUCUUUCUUCUCAUUUCUUGUCUUCAACAAAAUCCUCUUCGCCCUCAUAAGACGCACCUUCAUUUCUCAUAUUUCAUCAUAGCUUCCAAAGCCAGUUCCCGUCUCUUGCGAAUCGCUCGCACCAUGUCGACGAAUUCUACCACGCCAUCCAGCGUUGGAGUUGCUCCAUGGCGCCCCCUAUUCAUGUCUCAUCUCGAGAAGAUGGAUUCUCCAGAAUUUGUCUUCACUUCUCUGCAUCCAGCCGAGAACAAGGACUCGCCUGUUCCUUACGUUCCUCGAGCACGAACCUGUAUCUUCAGAGGCAUGUGGGCAGAGUUGCCAGAGAAUAAGCACAAUGAUGCACCGCAGAACGAGCGUGUCUACGAGAGCGAUUUGUUGACCCUGACUACGGACGUGAGAAUGGCGAAGGUCCCAGAGAUCUUUGCUAGCUCAUCUGGUCAUGGGGAUGUAGGACAGAGUCAGGGGAGUGGUGGUGGGGGACCUGUUGAGGCCGUCUUCUGGGCAAAGGAGGUCAUGACUCAAUGGAGGUUUAAAGGAGAGGCCUACGUGGUUGGAGAAGAUAUUGAAGGGUCUGGUGAGGAAUCUAGCGGGACGAGAACCGUGAAGAGCAAGAUUGGCGAGCGGAUGAGGGUGGUGAAGGAAGAGGGAAAGGAGGGUUGGAGUUGGGGAAAGGAGCUCACAGCCCACUUUGGAAAUCUAAGUCCAGGAAUGAGGGGCAGCUUCAGAAAUCCAGUGCCUGGAUCUCCAGUUUCGAUCCCACCAGCUGACAAGUCCCUCGGCUUGGGACAAAAGGUUGACGAUUUGCACGAUGAAGUUGCAAGGAAGAGUUUUAGGGUGGUCAUCAUCAGGCCGGAUGUAGUCGAAGCUGUCGAUUUGUCCGUCCCAGAUGAGGCCCGAAGAUGGCAAUGCACGUAUGUCGGGCCUUCUGGCGGCCACAGCGGGCAGCGAGGCAAAGUAGUUGGGGAAUGGAAGGUUGAGGAACUCUGGCCUUGAGUUUGCUGACUGCUUGAAGAUAGCGCUUCAAAUGGUCGGCUAGAUUAUGAGAAUGCAGGUCAACGAUAACCUUCCCAACUGCAAACCAGGUCACCUCUUUGUUCGGAGCAUGGGCUGACUGACCGUGAGCAACAUUUUUCUUCAUGAUUCUUUAUUUAAACUUGUUGCAAGGC